GUCCCGUCGAUCGACAGGGGGCGCCAGAGCCACGUGGGGCACAAAAAACGACUCCCCGACUGUCCCGGGGACAGAUGACGUGAAGGACCUCGCCGCCUCUGAUUGGCCUACAGUCCUCGGGGCCCCAGGCAUCGGCCAAUGGGCGGGCUGCGAUCUAGAAAAGGGGCGGGGCCCGGUGAGCUCGUGCUCCUCGCGCCUUUCGCUCCUCGUGCUCCGGCUCCCGCCUCCUCCUCUUCUUGGGGCCCCGCACUUUUGGCGCCCGCCUCUCUCCACCCCCUCAUUUUCCGCACCCCUCUCUCUUGCACUUCUCACUUCCCUCGCACCCUUCGCUUCCUCCUACACUUGCCCCUUUCCCUUCCCUCCUUUCCUUGCAUUUCUCACCUCCCGCCCCCAUCUCUCCUUGCACCUUUGUUCCCACACCUGUCUCUCCUUGCAGUUGUGACUUCCCGCCCCCUUCUCUCCUUGCACUUCUCACCUCCCACACCCGUCUCUCCUUGCAACCCUUCCCACACCCGCCUCUCCUUGCACUUGUGACUUCCCUUCCCGCCUCUUCUUGCACUUCUCAGCUCCCGCCCCGUCUCUCCUUGCACCUGUUCCCUUCCCGCCUCUCCUUGCACUUCUCACCUCCAACCCCCGUCUCUCCUUGCACCUUUAUUCCCACACCCGUCUCUCCUUGCACUUGUGACUUCCCGCCCCCUUCUCUCUUUGCACCUCUCACCUCCAACCCCCGUCUCUCCUUGCACUUUUAUUCCUACACCCGUCUCUCCUUGCACUUGUGACUUCCCGCCUCCUUCUCUCCUUGCACCUCUCACCUCCCGCCGCCGUCUCCCCUUGCACCCUUCACCUCCCGCCCCUCUCUCCCAUUGCAUCUCAGUUUCCGCCCCCUGUGACACUCCUUGCACCUGUGACUCCCCGCACUCAUCUCCCCUUGCACUUCUCCCUUCCCGCCCUCGUCUCCCCUUGCACCAGUGACAUCCCCCACCCCUUUCUCCUUGCACCUGUGACAUCCCGCACUUAUCUCCCCUUGCACCUGUGACAUCCCACACCCACCUCCCCUUGCACCUGUGACAUCCCACACUCAUCUCUCCUUGCACCUGUAACAUCCCGCACCCGUCUCCCCUUGCACCUGUGACUUCCCGCACCGGCCUCUUUGCCCCCUGGCCUUCCCGCCCAUCCCCUCGCCUGAGCGGACCGCACCUCGACUCAGCUCCGUUGACCAUAGCUCAGCUGACCAUGGUGCUGCAGCUCUACCUGAACCUGCUGUCCCAGCCCUGCCGCGCCGUCUACAUCUUCGCCAAGAAGAACCGCAUCCCCUUCGAGUUCCAAAAAGUGGAUCUCAUGACAGGGCAGCAGCACUCGGAAGACUUCUCCAGAGUCAAUUCCCUGAGGCGGGUGCCGGCCCUGAAGGACGGAGACUUCACCCUGGCGGAGAGCGUGGCCAUCCUGCUCUACCUGAGCCGCAAGUACGGCACGGCGGACCACUGGUACCCGGCGGACCUGCAGGCCCGCGCCCGCGUGGACGAGUACCUGUCCUGGCAGCACACCACCGUCCGGGUCAACGGAAGCAAGCUGCUCUGGUUCAAGCUGCUGAUUCCAUACUUAUCGGAAGAGCCGGUGCCCGAGGAGAAGCUGGAAGGCAUCUUGGAUGACCUGGGAACCAACCUGCAGCAGUUGGAGGAGAAAUUCCUCCAGGACCGGCCCUUCAUCGCCGGGGACCACAUCUCCCUGGCCGACCUGGUGGCCAUCGUCGAGCUCAUGCAGCCCGUGGGCGCUGGCUGUGACAUCUUCAAGAACUGGCCCAAGCUGGAUGGGUGGCGGAUGCGGGUGGAGGAGGCUUUGGGGAAGAAGCUGUUCCAGGAGGCCCACGAAGACAUCCUCAAGGUCGUGGACUUCAGCGGGAUGCCCAUGGAUGCGCAGCAGAAGGCUAGGUACAAGAUGCUCGUUCAGAAAAUACUGAAGUGAAGAACGGCGCGGCCAAGGAGCUUGGCGGGGCGGGGGUUUCCCGCCUGUGUCCCCCGGGGCCGUGAGGCCGACGAGGAAAUAAUAAAGAUGUUGCCGGUCGUCCGGGAUCCCGAC